AUGCCAAUGUUUCAGCAUGGCAGCUCUAUGGUUGAUCAGAUGACACGACUCAGACUCAAACUGCUGGAGAAGAGACUGGAGAACAAAAAGCACGAUAUGGACGACAGAGCGGAGUCUGCCCAGUCUACAAGGAGUUUUGACGGCCAGUUGGACCAGCUGCACCGAGCUCUGAGACGGAAACAGGAGCUGCUGCAGAGACUCAGGGAGCAGCACAUGUUAGAGGACCUGAGCAGACCUCAGACCUGGGGAGGAUCUCAGAGACGCUACAGGUCACAUUUCUUCUCUGAGCCUCCACCAGUUCAGCUCCACCACCAGGCUGCUGCUGCUGCUCCGUCCUUCCUGCUCCACCCACCUCCUGCACCGCCUCAGCCUCCACGCAUCAUCCAGCAGACGCUCCCCCAGCAGCCGGCCACCAUCAUCCAGCAGCUGCCCCAGCAGCAGCCUCUGAUCACUCAGAUCCCUCCACCUCAACCACAGCCUGCUGCACGAUCAGGCAGCAUCAAAGAGGACAUGGUGGAAUUGAUGCUGAUGCAAAAUGCGCAGAUGCAUCAGAUCAUAAUGCACAAUAUGAUGCUGAAAGCUCUGCCUCCAGGAGGGUCCAGUCACUUCACUCCACAAACUACAUAUCAUGGGCAGGACGGUUACCAGGGGCAACCCCUUUUUGUAAGGCCAGAUGUCAAAGCAAGAGGAAGUGCUGUCCAUCAUCAUCAUCACUACGGUCCCACAGCUGCAGCACCACAGCUGCCCCCCAUCAGCCUCCCCACCUGGCUACCAGGAGGCUCCUCUCUCCCAGCAGGAGCAGCAGGAGGACCUCCUCUCUCCUUUCACCAUGCAGCUCCUUACACACUCCCACCACUCAAUGUGUGA